UCGCCAUCAUGAAAACAUUCGCCCGUCGUUAUCAUUGUUUCUCCUCCGUCCUUGCGGGCUAACGCGGCGGACUGGAGUUAAUAUCGAGCGUCGCGAGCCGGGAAGUCCGACGACCGUCGCGUGAACACGGCCACGUUAACGCGUCCGAUACGCCACGGCCCACGUCCGCCGCAGGGACGGAAACGUGAGGCGAGAAGGCUGCCUCGUUUCGUUGCGAUUUCGUGUGCCGCGCGAAGUGCGCCGCAAGAGAAUCGUAAAACGGGGGAGAGAGAGAGAGAGAGAGAAAAUCAACGCAACGAAAGAAAGAGACGGACGAUCCUCUCUUGACGGUCGUAUUUGUGCGCGGGGUGUCCGCGAGUCGCGAUAAGGAUACGGCUGCCGCCACUUAAAUGCCUCGCAUAAAUUCCUACUCCAUGUUGUGCAUCGGUUGCGACACGGCUGCGUGUUGGAAAGUGAGUACAUGGUGACACACGGUUGUAGAGGAGCAAUUGGGAAGAGAGCUGCAGCAAAGGACUACACCUAGUUAUCCUACACCAAGCUGACUGCGACUUUCCACUGUUUCUCAAGGCAGUGAUCGCAAUUAGGAUAUAAACGGGAGUCUUUUUGAUUAACGAAGAGUGACAAAGAUAAGAGUUAUGGAACGAGAAUCCAAUCCUAUGCAAGCUUUGUGUCGCAGUGGCUGUGGAUUUUAUGGCUCGCCAGCUACUGAUGGCCUUUGUUCCCUCUGCUAUAAAGAAAAUCUAAAAAAGAAGCAACAACCUCCAGUGUCAACUGCCACCGUAACAACCUCACAGACUGUCUCCAGCAACGCUGGCACGUUGCAAGGCAGUUUCAGUAGCCCAGCAGCUACAGGAACGACGGCCCAACCUACCAUUCCUACUAUACCUCAGUCAACGUCAGAUCUGCCCAGUCCCAAAGAAGUAAACAGAGAAGAUCAGGAAAGUGAAGUAGGUGUAAGCAGUGCAGUAGCUGAAGGUUCAUCUGCGAGUAGUGGUGAUGUAGACGACUCCUUUGAUGGCAAAGAGACUGAUAAAGAAUCUAAGAAGAAGAAAAAUCGUUGUGCUGUAUGUCGCAAAAAAGUUGGUUUGACCGGAUUUGAGUGCCGUUGUGGAGGACUAUUCUGCGCCGUGCAUCGAUACAGUGACAAGCACGAUUGCAAAUUUGAUUACAAAGAAAUGGGCGCUCAAGAAAUUCGGCGCAACAAUCCAGUUGUUGUUGGUGAAAAAGUGCAAAAAAUUUGAACUAUUUAGUGUGUAGUCGUUGGGAAAAUGGUUAUUAUAACUAUAUAAACAAACAGAAUAUUAAAAAAACGCAGAAAACGAGAUAAAUUAUCUGGCAGCUGAUUCGCACGUCGAGGGGUGAAACGAGCGAGCGUGUAAGAGUGAGAGCGAGCGAGAGAAUGAAUGUGAAUGAGCGCGCAAUAUGACACGUGAAAUUGUUUUGUAGUUGAACGCCGAGGAGAGGUAGAAAAAAAAUGAAGAAAAAAAGAAACGAAUAUCAGACAGAACAAAUAAACGAAAGAUUGCAAAUUAGAAUGCGUGCGCGUGAUUGCAUAAUUCUUAAUUGGAUGCCAGUGCCAUGUAAGUUUCAGAUUGUCAUCUAGUGAGAGAAUUUUAAUUGAGAAUAUACCUGGUUACUAACUGCUGCCAGCUUACUACUAUUAUUACCUAUUAUUAUUUUCAUGAUUAUUACCGUUAAUAAUUAUUCUAUAUUAUGUUUAUUAAUUUACUUAAACGGAAAAUUUUUGCGAAUAUGAAGCUCGUUUUACGUAAAGGCAGAACUCUUGGUGCGGUCAGUCAGUCCAGGACGUCUUAGAGAAGUUUUGGUUUGUUCGAGAAAUUUUAUACAUUACUGUUUCGUUUAUAUAUCAAAAAAUAAAAAUAGGGAAUGUUGCUUAGGUAAUGGCUGACGUUGAUGGGUGAUCACAAUCUUAGGUUAAUAAUUAGUCUAAUAAUUAUUAAGUAUAUUAGUCUAUUGAUUCAUAAAUAAUGCAAUGAAGUAUAAGUAGUACUGUGUGUUUAUGUCCAAUUUCACGUGAAUAUAACCAGCAAUUAUUACUCAUUAAAUAUGUUUCAACCUAUAUUGCAAAUAAUUAUUUACACUACGGCCGCCAAUCUGGGAUUUGUAAAUUAAACCCCUCUUUAACAUAUUUUUCGAUUUCUCUUAGAACGUAAAUGAAUUGUUAAUGGUUGAAGUCGAUUAGUUUAUUCGUUUUCUUCUUUAUUUUUUGCUUGUUUUGCGAGUUUUGUAAAGUAGCUGCGCGAGGUAUUCCGGUGCUGCACAGCAGCGCAUAAUGUAAGAAUAAAUGAUUAAUAAAAUGUCUAGAGAGGCCGGGCAUUAUAUGAACGACGAAGAAGAGAACUAUUAAAGUUUGUAAAGUGUGAACGUAUACUAAAACCAUGCGCGAAGGAGAUAUUACACUGAUAAAUUUUAUAAUCCACGUACAUACUUCUAUUUUUCUUCUCCGCGCUUAAAACUCGUGCCGAACUUUCGUUUUCUUUUUCUCGUCCGUAAAUACAUGUUUGUAAAGUUAUAGCAUACGCAAAAAGGUGCUAUAGCUGUCCAGUGCUUUGUUGUAUUCUUGUAAUACGAGAUGUAUGGAGGACGAGACAAAACUGCGCAAAUUAUAGCUCAUGUAUAGGUCAAUUCCUUAAGAGCUUUAUUAAGAGUGAGUUUGGAACUUUGAGAAAAAGAAAAUAUUAAAAUAUAUAUUGUGACUUCCCAAUUUCUCGUAAAACAAAGUUUAUAAUGAUAAUAUAUUCUUUCAUUCUUUUUCUUUGUGUUAUCCUGGGACAAAGCGCUUAAUCUAAAUUGUGCUGCCGUGCUGCUUUUAUUUCUUAUUUUGUAAAUUAGAGGACAUGUGUAUAAAGUGAAGUGCAUUAUCCGCCUAAAAAUUUAUUUUUGCAUCGCCUCGAGAAAAUGUACAACAAACAUCUUAUUACUUUCGAUAAAUAUAUGAAGCGUUCUGUUAAAUGUAUAACCGUAAGGUCUAUCAAGCUUUUUACGUCUUUUCUUUAUUCUAGGCUCGAACGACCGGCAAUUGGUUAUCCCGAAUACUAAAUAAUACUUCACGUGUCGCCACCGAAAGUACUCCAAUCGCGAACGAUUUUUCCCUUUCUUACACGCAGCUUCGCAGCUGAAAAAUUUCAGAAAAAAAGAAAUUUGCGAUACCUAACGAUACCUAGAAAUUAAGGCAAUCGAAAAAGAUCUUUCGGUAUAAUCACGAUAAAUAUAUAGGACACGAUUCUCCGCGAUCUUUACGGGACGACUUAUAUGCGCCGACUUCACAUAGACAAUAUACAUAUAUGUAUACAUAUAUAUAUAUAUAUAUAUAUACUUUAUCUUGUAUCAAGAUUAUCGUUGUUGAUGAUAAAUCUGUUCCUCUUUUCUUUUUGGCGCACCUUUAAGAACGCUGAUGAGAGAAAUCAGAAUCGUGUAUAGACGAAGACGCACACAUAUACGCAGACACGCGUACACAUUUACAUUCACACAUAACACAUGGAUUAUCAGUAAUAUCGACGGAAUGGUUGCCUUCAGGCCUUCAUCCUAUUUUAGGCAUAGCAUAUUUUUCUAACGUGUAUCGCAAUAUCGGAAUAAUCUUGCCUAGCGAGAGCGAUCGAGUGACAGGAAGAGAAAGAGGGAGAGAGUGAUUGUGAAGGAAUGAUGCGUAUGUGGAGAAUAGAAAAUGCUUGAAUAAAGGUGAGGCAGAGGGAAUGCGUGCAGGAACAUAAAUGAUGUAUAGGAGAUGAGAGAAACAGAGAGAGAGAGAGAGAGAGAGAAGAAAAAAGAAGAUUAUCAGCGACGAUCGUACUCGGCUGACUAUAUAAGGACGUAACACGAUGCUUGUAAUUAUUACGAUUGAUAUUAGUACGUUUAAGCUAUUAAAAAAGUAACAUCAACUUUAA